GCAGCAUGGCUGAGAAAGCUGAGGAGAGAGCAGAAAGGAGAAUGUCCGCAGAUCGGUUUAUUACUGAGUGGAGCAACAUCGAGGCGGAAUAUCAACAACUACAGGAGACUCAUAAAGUUUAUAGACAGAAGCUGGAGGAGCUGACACACUUACAGACCGUCUGCAGCAGCGCAAUCAGCCGACAGAGGAAGAACCUGAAGGAGCUCUCACACUCACUACACAAGUACAGAUGUGCAGAAGGAUGCGAGGAUUCAGAUGCUCAGACUGUAACUCACCUGCAGACUCAGAUGAAAGAGAAACAGAACUUCUUCCUCGACAUGGAGGCGUACCUCCCAAAAAAGAACGGGUUGUAUUUAAAUCUGGUGCUUGGAAACGUGAACGUGACUCUGCUCAGCAACCAGGCCAAGUUUGCAUAUAAAGACGAGUACGAGAAGUUUAAACUGUGUUUGACCAUUAUUCUGAUGUUGGGAGCCAUAUCCUGCCUCUUCUUUCUUAAUUACCGUGUAACUGAUGAGAUCUUCAAUUUCUUACUGGUGUGGUACUACUGCACACUGACCAUCAGAGAGAGCAUCCUCAUCAACAACGGAUCCAGGAUUAAAGGUUGGUGGGUGCUGCAUCACUACGUCUCCACGUUUCUCUCAGGCGUGAUGCUCACCUGGCCUGAAGGUCCCAUAUACCAGACGUUCAGGAGUCAGUUCCUGGCCUUCUCCAUCUUCCAGAGCUGUGUACAGUUCAUGCAGUAUUAUUAUCAGAGGGGGUGUCUGUAUCGACUCCGUGCUUUAGGAGAGAGGAACCAGCUGGACCUCACAGUGGAGGGUUUCCAGUCGUGGAUGUGGAGGGGUCUCACCUUCCUGCUCCCAUUUCUCUUCUUUGGACAUUUUUGGCAGCUAUACAACGCAGUGACUCUGUUUACACUGGCCACAAGGGACGACUGUAAAGAAUGGCAGGUGCUGAUGUUGGGUCUGACGUUCCUCGUCCUGUUCCUGGGGAACUUCCUCACCACGCUGAAGGUGGUUCAUCAGAAAGUUCAGAAGAACUACAGACAGGACAAGAACAAUAAACACAAAUGACCCCCCAGAUCCUGCUGAGGACCACGCCCGGGGUGGGUCGUCACGGUAACGCCCUCUCAGUACAGAGACUGAGGGUGAAGGUUAGGCGGCGGGCGGAGGAGCGGCUGUGUUCCAAUAACCUCCUCACGACCGGAUUCAGAGAGACUGAGCCGCUGUAGAUCAGAUUUAUUUACCUGGAUGUUUACAGGUGAGCUUCCUGCUGAGACUCGCACAUGCUCAGUGAUACACAGGGAAACGGGCGGGGCAGGGGAAGGAGUUAAUGUGUGUGUGUGUGUGUGUGUGUGUGUGUGUGUGU